UUUUUGUUUAAUUGGUGAAGGCUUUUAUGCAGUGAUUGUUAGGGCUGGAGAUGAGCCAAGAUUGUAGAUUUUCCUUUGCUGUUUCAAUUUACCUGUCUGCUACGGUAGCAAAACUUAAUAAUUUCCUUUAAAAAAUUUUUUAAAAAUCAGAUCCCUCCAAUUUGGAUAAUGCUAAGCUCUCUAUGUGAUUAUACACUCAAUUCCUCCACUAUAAACUUGCCAAAUAAUUAUUCUUCUCCACUUGUUUCUUUGGGAUUACAACCAAAUUUUCUUCCAAACGAAGGAAUUAUUUUGCCCCAAAUAUUGACUUACACAUUAUUCUUGGUUUUGAUUAUUGCGAGAUGGAUGUUGCCUAGAUUUGAGUUAAAUAGAGAAGAAUUGUCACAGAUAUUGCUUGCUUAUAUGGCCAUAACAACUGAUAUUCUCGAAUUUGCCGGUCUAUUAAAUAGGUCUACAGUUUGUGCAGACUCUUCACUCAAAAUGUCAAUACUCAGUGCUUUUGCGCUUUCACUAAUCCAAUUUGCUUUCAUAUUGACAGCCAGUCGUUCUCGUAAAAUGAGAAUUGCUGUGGCUACUAAAAUUUUGUUAAGUACAAAUAGGCAUGAUUUUAGACAGGCAUUUUUCGACUUGGACAUUUGGUCGCUUCUAAUAUCCUUGGCAUGCCAGGAUUUACCCUUUUUAAUUGUUCGUCUGAUUGUUUUGGGCUGGCUUUGGGAAGCUGAUUUUGCUUUAAUUUUGUUUAUUUCAAAAAAUAUUUUGAUUAUUCUUUUGGAGAUUUACAGAAUUUACGUUCUAAUAAAUGAUCGUUAUCGUAACCCUGAGGUUAGUGCCAGAUCAUUGCUAGAUGAAAAACGACAAUCUAUGGCUAUACCGCAACAAACUGGUAAUACUAGAACGAGUAGAACGGCAAAAGAGUCACAAUAA